ACCACAAAACCAAGAUGGCGGUGCAGGAGACAGCAUCUCAACUGUCCAUGGCUCUCAAAGUCCAAGAAUACCCCACCCUGAAGGUACCGUACGAGACGCUGAACAAACGCUUCAGAGCAGCUCAGAAGAACAUCGACCGGGAGACGAGUCACGUCACGAUGGUGGUGGCAGAGCUGGAGAAGACGCUGAGCAGCUUCCCGGUGGUCGACUCCGUGGUGUCUCUGCUGGACGGAGUGGUGGAAAAACUCAGCGCCCUCAAGAGGAAGGCCGCCGAGUCCAUCCAGGCAGAGGACGAGAGCGCCAAGCUGUGCAAGCGUCGCAUCGAGCACCUGAAGGAGCACAGCAGCGACCAGCCGGCCUCCGUCAACCUGUGGAAGAAGAAACGCAUGGACCGCAUGAUGGUGGAGCACCUGCUGCGCUGCGGAUACUACAACACCGCUGUCAAACUGGCCCGGCAGAGCGGGAUAGAGGACCUGGUGAACAUUGAGAUGUUCCUCACAGCUAAAGAGGUGGAAGAGUCUUUGGAGCGGCAAGAGACGGCGACCUGCCUGGCCUGGUGCCACGACAACAAGUCCCGCCUCCGCAAGAUGAAGAGCUGUCUGGAGUUCAGUCUGAGAAUCCAGGAGUUUAUUGAGCUCAUCAGACAAAACAAACGCAUGGAUGCAGUCCGACAUGCGAGAAAGCACUUCAGCCAGGCAGAGGGUGGACAGUUGGAUGAGGUCCGGCAGGUGAUGGGCAUGCUGGCCUUCCCAUCAGAUACACACAUCUCACCUUACAAGGAUCUUUUGGAUCCGGCCCGCUGGAAGAUGUUGAUCCAGCAGUUCCGAUAUGACAACUACAGACUGCACCAGCUGGGCAACAACUCCGUCUUCACCAUCACUCUGCAGGCCGGCCUGUCUGCCAUCAAGACACCUCAGUGCUACAAGGAGGAUGGUACCUCGAAAAACCCCGACUGCCCCGUGUGCAGUAAAUCUCUUAAUAAGUUGGCCCAGCCUCUACCAAUGGCCCACUGCGCCAACUCCAGACUAGUCUGUAAGAUCUCCGGGGAGGUCAUGAAUGAAAACAACCCUCCCAUGAUGCUGCCUAAUGGAUAUGUGUACGGCUACAAUUCCCUUCUGUCCAUUCGCCAAGAUGACAAAGUGGUGUGUCCCAGAACCAAAGAAGUCUUCAACUUCUCUCAGGCGGAAAAGGUCUACAUCAUGUGAUCGCGCUGGCGGCGCCUCUGUCCGAAGAUCAGCCGCGCGGCGCCGCUGAUCAGCUGUGACCUGGCCUACUCGGAGCCACCUGUGGAGCUGUGAUCCAGUGCCCUUCUUCCCUCACAGACACAUCCGAAACACUCCCCGAGCCCUCCUCCUCACACACACCAUCGGCUCCAGCUCACCCCCUCCGAUGCCCCACUCCCAUUUUAUCUCACAGCGCCGGGGCUCUUCUCCUUUCAGACUCUUUUUAGAUGUGGCUAGAAGUCGUUUGACCCGAUCCAUUCAAGCACAUGGACUAUCAUCAUUAUCUUACAGGCCUUCACUCUGAAGAUUAGAAACUAGAUAAAGGACUGACGCAGUCACGAACUGCUCACUAGAUGUUUGAUUUUCCUCCAACAAAUAAAAAAAAAUACCUUGAGGUUAAUUUGACUUUUUCAUUUUACAAUUUGUGCUCCUUUGUUAGUUAACAGAAAUGUGUUAACUUGAUGCAUUAACUAGAUUAACACUGACUUUUGUUUGGAACAUCUUGUUCUGUGCUGCAUGCUGUCGGCAUCCUUCGUCUUUCCAUGCGUUUGGUGGUUGUUGGGGAAUAUUUGAUGAAUGCUUCCUUUCAGUUGACCAACUUUUUAAAUCUAAACUUGGGCUGAAAUAAUGUAAAUAUUCAAUGAUCGUCGUCAUUUAUCAAUUGGUGACUCUCAUGACAACGAAGAUGAACCAUUUAAGAUUGCUGUGUUAACUGAACAAGUCUUGGAUUAUUUGAUCAUAGCUUGGAGUAUGUUCAAGUUUUAACUGGUUGUUCAGUAUAAUUUCUCAUUUCUGAAAACGUUUGGUUUUUAAAUUGGCAACAUUUCCUAAGGUUAUUUAUUAUGGAAUUGAGACACGAUAUCAAAAAGAAGACAGACGUUGCCUUUUUUUGGAGAAUGAAACUGUCUUCCUUUGUGUACCAGGUUUGAUGUUCAUUGAGUUAUGUUAAACCCUGGGUGAUUUUUAGUCUGUUUGAGAUUGCCCACCGUUUCCCAGCAGGAAGAUUAGAAAAAGAGGGGCCAUGCUGAUAUUUUUUCAGUUUUGUACUCAGCCUGUGUGAAAGCUGCUAAAGCACUAAUACAUACAGGGUUUACAGAGCAUCAGACUGCACCAGCUUCCUCAGCGUUUCAUACACUCCCAUGCACACGCCUGCCUUGAUUUGAAGGCUCAGUUAAAAACCUCCACAGUCCUGUUAACAGACCCGUCAUGCAUCGCAAAGAUGGGAGGAAAACUUUGACUCAGUCUCACCUUUUAAUGUCUUUCAGACCUGCUAUAGAAAAUUGAACUGUGAUUUUGGAUAAAUGCAGCUGGACUUUUUGGCUUCAGUGUCAAACUAAUGCACAUGUAACAUCUAACUUUAACCAAUAACCCAAAAAUGCUGAGUUGAGUUCAACAUGAUCAGUUUUGUGGUCGGUCAUUUCUUCCAUCUGAAGUCGCCUCAUUUGUAUCCAUCGAUGAUCUGGAACUGUAUCUGUGAGACGCAGACUGUCCCGUGUGUUUGUCUUGGUAGACUAGAAAUAGGGAUUGUUUCAUGAGCAAUAUGCCUCAUAAAGAUUUCAGUGAACUUUGA